AUGUAUCAUGAAAAGAAUUUGUAUGCUAUGAAUAACAAUGGUGGUAGAAAUUUUGCUUUACAACAUGGUAGAGAUCAAAAGGAUGCACGUUGGAUUUUGCCUUUAGAUGGAAAUUGUUUUUUUACACCCACAGGUAUGAAAGAGUUGAUAAAUCAAAUCAUGAAAGAAGAACACCAUUCUGUAAGGUUUGAUGAAGUUAUCAAAUCACAUUUGAUCAUUCCCAUGUCACGUUUAUUGGAUAACGAAGACCUUUCCAUAAACAAUACGUUCAUUAAAACAAAGAAUGAUGAUGAUUUGAUCAAGUUUAAGCCAAUCAGCAUUGAAGAACCUCAGAUUGGGUUUAGAUUCACUUCGAAUCAAACUUAUUCAAAUCGAAUGAGAUAUGGAAGAAGAUCAAAGUUAGAAUUCCUUUGGAGAUUAGGAGCCAUUUCAACCAAUCGAGAUCGGUUAAAACAAUCUAUACCAGAAUCUGAAGUAGAAGAAAUCGAAUUAAUUCAAGAAUCUAGCUUUGGUUCAAUCAAAAGAACUAAUUCUACACAUCUAUCAUCAUCAUCAUCAUCAUCAGACAUCGAUCAAGAUUUCUUUCAAGCUGGUUGGGUUCAUAGAUUAUUUUCCGGUCAUCGUAAACAAGAAGAACCUACUGAAUUAGCCAUGAGUAGAAGAUCAAUUAAAAGAAUGCAAGCCAUCAUUUAUUUUUUAAAUCAAUUAGAUCAAUUUAUUAAACGAUGA